AUGUCCACCUCCUCCGCCACGCACUCAAAAUGGCGACAGUAUGGACCAGUGCUGCUCACAAGGUGCCCUGACUGCCCACGCCCAGACCCUCUUAAACGGUUGGUCACUAAGAGGGAUGACAAUGGCAAUCUUGGGCGGGAAUUUGUGAAAUGCUUGAGCAAACCAAUGGCAGGAAGGGAUGGCAAGAUCUUGAAGAAAUGUUACCAUUUCGAGUGGAUUGAUGAAUAUGUUGAUAGGAUUCAGUUUGAGGGCUACGUUGAUUCGAGCGUGGCCGCAACCUGGGAGCUCAAUUUGGGCGGGGUGCCGCCGAUUGCUGUGGAGAAUACGGGGAGCUCGGGCGGAGGGGCGGGCAGAGUCGUGCCGAUGGCGAUGUAUGCGCGCAAUGUUGAACUGCAUGCGGAGUCCGAACUGACCGAGGAACUGAAGAAGAUCAAGAAACAUCUAAUGCAGAUAAUCGAUUUGCAGAAGCAAGCAAAUAUCAUGGCAGGGGGGUUCUAUUGUUGUAUCAUUGCUCUGUUUUUGUUUUAUUUGUUGUUCAUCCGUCAUUAA